GGGGCAUCCGGCAGAGCUGGGGUCCCCGCGCUCCGUGCGGAGGCAGCGAGACGGCGCGCGGCCGGGCAGUCGGAGGGGACGGGACGGGAGCGGCGCGCGAGCGGGCGGACUCGCCCUGUCGGUGACUGCGCCGUCCGGGCCCGUCCGCCUGGCCGCAGGUGCCCUGGAUGAGGCCGCCCCGCGCGCCGCAGCCGAUCUUAUAAUCAAUGGAUAAAGUGGGGAAGAUGUGGAAUCACUUCAAAUACAGGUGUCAGAAUCUCUUCGGUCACGAGGGAGGGAGCCGUAGUGAAAAUGUGGACAUGAACUCCAACAGAUGUUUGUCUGUGAAAGAGAGAAACCUCAGUAUAGGAGACUCCACUCCUCAACAACAAAGCAGUCCCUUAAGAGAAAACGUUGCCUUACAACUGGGAUCAAGCCCUUCCAAGAAUUCUUCAAGGAGAAACCAAAACUGUGCUACUGAAAUUCCUCAGAUUGUCGAAAUAAGCAUUGAAAAGGAUAAUGAUUCGUGUGUCACCCCAGGAGCAAGGCUAGCAAGAAGAGAUUCCUAUUCUCGGCAUGCUCCGUGGGGUGGGAAGAAAAAACAUUCCUGUUCUACAAAGACGCAGAGUUCAUUGGAUACUGAUAAAAAGUUUGGUAGAACUCGAAGCGGACUUCAAAGGAGGGAGAGGCGGUAUGGCGUAAGCUCCAUGCACGAUAUGGACAGCAUGUCCAGCAGAACUGUAGGAAGCCGCUCUCUGAGACAGAGGUUGCAGGAUACUGUGGGCUUGUGUUUUCCCAUGAGAACUUACAGCAAGCAGUCAAAACCCCUCUUUUCUAAUAAAAGAAAAAUACACCUUUCUGAAUUAAUGCUUGAGAAAUGCCCUUUUCCUGCUGGCUCAGAUUUAGCCCAGAAAUGGCAUUUGAUUAAACAGCAUACAGCCCCUGUGAGCCCACACUCAACAUUUUUUGAUACAUUUGAUCCAUCCUUGGUUUCUACAGAAGAUGAAGAAGAUAGGCUUCGAGAAAGAAGGCGGCUUAGUAUUGAAGAGGGGGUUGACCCUCCUCCCAAUGCACAAAUACAUACAUUUGAAGCCACCGCACAGGUUAAUCCGUUAUAUAAACUGGGACCAAAGUUAGCUCCCGGAAUGACUGAAGUAAGUGGGGACAGUACUGCAAUUCCUCAAGCUAAUUGUGACUCAGAAGAGGACACUACCACACUGUGUCUGCAGUCACGUAGGCAGAAGCAACGUCAGGUGUCUGGAGACAGCCAUGCCCACAUUAGCAGACAGGGAGCUUGGAAAGUCCAUACGCAGAUUGAUUACAUACACUGCCUCGUGCCUGACUUGCUUCAGAUCACAGGAAAUCCCUGUUACUGGGGAGUGAUGGACCGUUACGAAGCAGAAGCCCUCCUUGAAGGGAAACCUGAAGGCACAUUCUUGCUCAGGGACUCUGCGCAGGAGGACUACCUCUUCUCUGUGAGCUUCCGUCGCUACAACAGAUCCCUGCAUGCCCGAAUCGAACAAUGGAACCACAACUUUAGUUUUGACGCCCACGACCCAUGUGUAUUUCACUCCUCCACUGUAACAGGACUUUUGGAACAUUAUAAAGAUCCCAGUUCUUGCAUGUUUUUUGAACCAUUGCUUACUAUAUCACUAAACCGGACUUUCCCUUUUAGCCUGCAAUAUAUCUGCCGUGCAGUAAUCUGUAGAUGCACUACAUAUGAUGGAAUCGAUGGGCUCCCUUUACCAUCCAUGUUGCAGGAUUUUCUGAAAGAGUAUCAUUAUAAGCAAAAAGUUAGAGUUCGCUGGUUAGAACGAGAACCAGUCAAGGCAAAGUAAACUCUCCUGCCCCCAAAGGGCAUUAACUAGAUCUGCUUUGAUGUGCAUCAGACAGUACACCUAUAGCAAGCACACAGAUCAGUGUUAGGUUUUUUUCAGUACAGUAUGUAGGCUUAGUGUUAGUAUCUGUCAGAUGCAAUCUGCUGUUACUCAGAUAAACUUGGUGCCUAUUGAGACAACAGAGGACAGAGCUAUAGGUGUUCAGUAAGGCUACAAAAGCGUUUUGUUGAUUGAGUGAACAGUUUGGUUUUUAAUGACUGUUGUAAUUGAGUAAAGCAACUCUGGGGCAUUUGCUAUGAAGAAUUCUAUUUCUUACUGAAGAACAAAUUAUUAAUAUUGGAUGAGUAUUUCAACAGUGUGACUAAUGUUUGAAAUUGUUAUUUUUUUCUAAGAAUUUUUCUAUAACCUUCCAAAAGUACUGCUGUUUGUAGUUACUAUAAAUCAAGCUUUGGAAGUCCAAAAAUAAAGACUGCCUUCCUUUGAGAAAAAAAAAGAAAAAUGCAAUUUUCUGGCCACAAGGGCAUAGUGCAGUUCAAUUAAGUGUUGAUAUAGUUUAUAGUCAGUCUCCUGUCUCUUCUGCAAAAGGUACUGUUAAGUAAACCAGGUUUUCUAAAUAGUUGCUCUUAAAAGUUCAGGCUUAUAAAGCUGAUAGUAGAAUUUUAUUUCAAGGCCUUAGGUGUUUUUUUUUUUUUUUUUUUUUUUGAAUGAAUGCUUUAACUUAAAACACAUUGGGAAGAGCUGCAAUGUAGUCCUGUGUGUGAUUUUUUUUUUUACAUUAGUACAUGCAGUCUACGCGCUGAUUAAAGUUGGAUCUUUUCCCGUGCCCAUGAUGUGUUUGUGAACCAUGAAGAAAGUGAGACUAGAAGAUGCCCACACAAGUCAGAUGAUAACAGCAGUGGUUGCUGAUGUUGAGAUUAUUGUUAAACUGUAGUGAACAAUUUGGAUGGCAGUAUUUAGCUCUUUGUUGUAAACUCUUACAGCUGAAUAGCUUAAGUACAAUUUAUAGAAUUUCAAAGCAGUUAAUUUCUAAUGGAAAAUCUGAAACCCUAAUUGCAGAUUUAAAAGGUACUGUACAACCAUUCUAUCUGUAAAUAACUUUACUUAGCACCUUUUUGUCACUUAGAAUAGUAUGCAGUACUACUUGAGUGAGCUAUUUUGGAAGUAAUACCAAGUUCUAGUGUUUGCUUCUUAGUAUUGAACUGAAUUUUACGGUUCUGUGCUAGACAUUUUGCACUAGUCGAAUCCAUUCUUGUGUCUUUUUGUUAAUGUGCCCUGUACCACUGGUGAGUGCUCCUUGGUUUCCUUACCUGCUGCUACAGAAAAGUUCUUUUACAUCCUGAUGGCUAUUGCCAAGGCUACAAAAAAGAAAAGCUAUAUUUGUAUGCAACACUAACCCUUUGACUGCUAAUGUACAUUUCUGCUUGCUGUGCCUUGUUAUGGCUGCUUUUUUUGUGCUAAUAAAGUAUGUUUGGUGUUCUCCUUGUAUAUCUGCUGUUUUAUACAUUUGCAACAAUUUCUCUUGUAAAUGGAAUGGUAUGGGGUUUUUAAAUAAGCAUUACCCAACAACCUACUAUAGUUAAUGCAGAAUUACUGUACAGUCUAAUAUUGACUUACUCUUAUUCAACUCUAAAUUUAAUGUUACUCAUCUUUCCAGUCGUAAUCACAUAUACUGUGGAACAGUAUCUCUAGUUACUGCAAAUUACUGUACAGUUUAGAUUAUAACACAAAUGGACAGAGAAAUAUUGACUAACCAUUGAUUUCUCUGCUUGUAAAUGGAAGAUUGAAGCUAUCAAUGAUGUGUUAUAAUAAAUGAAUAUCUUUAGCCUUCCACUUCAUCAGAAACAAGUUAAAUGAAGUCUUGUGAACUAAUACAUCAGCGCCAUUUAUUGGUUUGGGGACCAUUUUUAUUAUAAUCCUAAAUGCCCAAAAUGUAGAACUUAACCAAAGACUUGUCCAUUUUUAAAGCAAAAUGGGGAUUGAGGGGACUUAUAAUUCUUAUUAUUUCUAAUAAAAGUCCCUGAAGAACAUAUACCAAAGUGUUCGAGAACGUCAUCCAAACCUACUUUAAAGCAUUAUGUGCAAUUAAGUUGUUAUGACAUAAUUAUAUUGCAUAAUUGUUGGGUCCGUUUUCUUGAGCUUAUAAUGUAUCUGGAAAAUAAUCUCUUGGGAAAAAAAAAGUCCUUACUGAUUAUUGGAGAAAGAUUAUAUAUGCAAGCAAGAUCUUAUUUUAAAGAGGAAACUUGAAACUCCAAGAAAGCACUUGAUGUUUUAUAUGCUUGUAGCAAAUUGAUGUUCUAAUUGUAGUUUUAUAGAAAAUAUUAAUGCUUUUAUGUAUUUCAGAACUUUCGUAUGUUAAAUGGAAAUUGUUUUAAA